AUGGGGCACUGGGCCUGGGUCCCCAGCCCCUGCCCCCUACCCGGGCUGUCUCUGCUCCUGCUGCUGCUGCUGCUGGUGCCUUGCGGGGCCCAUCCCCAGGCUGGUAGGAAUCUCAUGGAGCCCCCAGACCCUAAUGCCACGGUGACUGCUGGGAUCCCCAGGAUCCCUGUGACCUCUGUGACCCCUGAGACCCCAGCAACAAGUGUUCCAGAGGCAGAGGCGGUGGGACCCCGAGGUGGGGGGCUCCUGCCCCCACGCAGGGCAGCUCCUUCAAGCAGCGGCCCCGGGGACCAAGUGCUCACCGAGGACGGGCAGGCCUGCAGGUUCCCCUUCCGCCACGGUGGCCGCAUGCUGCACGCCUGCACUUCGGAGGGAAGCGCCCACAAGAAGUGGUGUGCCACGACUCACAACUAUGACCGGGACAGGGCCUGGGGCUACUGCAUGGAGGCCGCCUCACCUCCCCAGGGCCCAGCUGCCCUUGAUCCCUGUGCCUCUGGCCCCUGCCUCAAUGGGGGCUCCUGCUCCAACACCCAGGGCCCCGCAUCCUACCACUGCACCUGCCCCGUGGCCUUCACAGGCAAAGACUGUGGCACAGAGAAGUGCUUUGACGAGACCCGCUAUGAGUACCUGGAGGCGGGCGACCGCUGGGCCCACGUGCGCCAGGGCCACGUGGAGCAGUGUGACUGUGUGAGGGGCCAGGCCCAGUGCAAAGACACCCGCCACACAGCCUGCCUGAGCAGCCCGUGCUUGAAUGGGGGCACCUGCCACCUGAUCGUGGCCACCGGGACCACUGUGUGUGCCUGCCCACCGGGCUACGUGGGGCGGCUCUGCAACAUUGUGCCCGCUGAGCGCUGCUUCUUGGGGAAUGGCACUGGGUACCGUGGCGUGGCCAGCACCUCGGCCUCGGGCCUCAGCUGCCUGGCCUGGAACUCCGACCUGCUCUACCAGGAGCUGCAUGUGGACUCGGUGGGCGCCGCGGCCCUGCUUGGCCUAGGUCCCCACGCCUACUGCCGGAACCCAGACAAGGACGAGAGGCCCUGGUGCUACGUGGUGAAGGACAGUGCGCUCUCCUGGGAGUACUGCCGCCUGGCCGCCUGCGAGUCCCUCACCAGAGUCCAGCCCCUGGCCCCUGAGGUCCUGGCGACCCUGCCCGAGCCGACCCCGGCCGGACGCCCGACCUGCGGCAAGAGGCACAAGAAGAGGACCUUCCUGCGGCCGCGCAUCGUCGGGGGCUCGUCCUCGCUGCCCGGCUCCCACCCCUGGCUGGCCGCCAUCUACAUCGGGCACAGCUUCUGCGCCGGCAGCCUGGUGCACACCUGCUGGGUGCUGUCCGCGGCCCACUGCUUCUCCCACAGUCCCCCCAGGGAAAGCGUCUCGGUGGUGCUGGGCCAGCACUUCUUCAACCGCACAACGGAUGUGACCCAGACGUUUGGCAUUGAGAAGUACAUUCCCUACCCCCUGUACUCGGUGUUCAACCCCAGCGACCAUGACCUUGUCCUGAUCCGGCUGAAGAAGAAGGGGGACCGCUGUGCCGUCCGCUCCCAGUUUGUCCAGCCCAUCUGCCUGCCUGAGCCCAGCAGCCCCUUCCCCGCCGGACACAAGUGCCAGAUUGCGGGCUGGGGCCAUAUGGGCGAGAACAUGAGCGACUACUCCAGCUCCCUGCGGGAGGCGCUGGUCCCCCUCGUCGCUGACCACAAGUGCAGCAGCCCCGAGGUGUACGGUGCCGACAUCAGCCCCAACAUGCUCUGUGCCGGCUACUUCGACUGCAAAUCCGACGCCUGCCAGGGGGACUCGGGCGGGCCCCUCGCCUGCGAGAAGAAUGGUGUGGCCUACCUGUAUGGCAUCAUCAGCUGGGGCGACGGCUGUGGACGGCUCAACAAGCCAGGUGUCUACACCCGCGUGGCCAACUAUGUGGACUGGAUCAAUGACCGGAUACGGCCUUCCAGGCGGCCUGCGGCUCCCUCCUGA